UCCCACCAUAACCUCCAAUCUUCGACCUCAAAACGACCCGCCAAGAGCAUGAAAAACGACAUGGACCCAGUGGUAGAGGAAGUGGAGAAGGUGAAGAAAGAAUUUCGAGAAACAGAAGAACAGCUUUCAAAAAAUAUUAAAUCAAUUGAAAAAUAUGGAAAAUCCAGCCAAAAAUUAUCAUCCUCAUCAGUAGAAGAAGAAGAGCACCAUCAGAGUAAAAAUUCAUUACCAAGAUUAAAUGGGCUUGCUCAAGAUGGUUUGAAUCUUCUGCAGUCGCUCCAUUUUAAGCUUGAUCUCUUAGCCCCUCAACUUCCCUCUGAUGAUCAAGUUCAACAGGCUCAAGAUUUGGCUAAUUCUUGGCAGAAGCAAAUCGAAAGCUUGAGAUCAAGUUUGAGAAAAGCUAAUCUGAGAGCUAAGGAGAAUAUCAGAAAAACUGCUCAACAAGAGAGGGAGCUUCUUUUGGGAGGUGGAGAAGAGUCUACCAUUCGGAGGCGGAAUCUACAGACAAAAGCAGGAAUGACAUCUGCAGCUGAAAGUAUCACUGAGAGCCUUCGACGCACCCGUCAGCUGAUGGUCCAGGAAGUUGAUCGAAGUGCAAGCACACUUGUGACUUUUGAAGAAUCAACUGGAGUAUUAGGGAAGGCUGAGAGCGAGUACAGAGGUCACCGCUCACUCCUAAUGCGAACUCGAAACCUUCUUUCGACAAUGCAACGUCAGGAUGUCAUUGACAGGAUAAUUAUGGUUGUUGGAUUUCUUCUUUUUUCCCUUGCUGUUCUUUAUGUUGUUUCAAAGCGUAUUGGGCUGCUUAAGUUGCAGAGGACGCUUAUGGAUGCUGUAAAAGGUGGUGUGGUAAACGAAGCAGGGGUUUUACCUAGAGGUGGUGGAAAUGGUGUAAAUAUUCCCCAGAUGAACGAGGAUGCAGUUCCCUUGUUGGAUGUGCCAUUGGAACGGCAUAUGCGUGACGAGCUUUAAGCUUUUCAUAGCUUUGUAUAGGUCCUAUAUUUUGCCCUGCUUUCUCAAUCAAAUUUCUGGCCAAACUUUUUUACAUCUUCUAUAGGUCUUCUUUCUUGUAUGGUUGAGGCUUGGCCUCAUAUUGAAUUGCUAUGCUUUGACAUCAGGAGGCAAUUUUUCCCCCCUUGAACUUCAGGAUUGCAGAAGCCUUUUCCCACAGGUUUGCUGUAUGAUUCUUGUUCUGUAUCUUUAGGUAAUACAAAAGCUUAUCAUGCGUCCUUCUCUUUCUA